AUGCCUCCAGCACCUGCUAAGAAAGACACAAUGAUCGUUGACACCGACUACUUUACUAAAUGGAUCAAGGCCGAAGCUCUAUCUCUACUAAAGAAGCUGACGUUGGUAACCAACAAUGGGUCACAGUUCACAAGAUUCUUUGAGAACUAUGGCAUCAAGCAACACUUGUUUACUCCAAGAUAUCCACAAGGCAAUUGCCAAAAAGAGGCAUCCAACAAAAUUGUGAUGGACUGCCUAAACAAAAUACUAGAAGGAGCAAUAGGGAAAUGGGUAAAUGAGCUCCCUGGAGCUCUAUGGGCUUAUCAUAUACCAAAAGGAGAUCAAUUGGUGAAACCCAAUUUUCCUUGUCAUAUUGAAUGGAGGCGAUCAUUCCCUAUCGUAUCACUAUCCCCUCCAUUAGCAUUGAGGUGGGCAGCAUUGGCCAAAAUUCCAAGCAGAUGA